UAACAUGACAGUUUUUUAAUCUAUGCAAUAGUUUGCAGAAAUCAGAUGUUUGCAAUGUUUAUUUUAUUUUACCGAAUGGCGUAGUGAGAUAGAAGUUAAAAUACAGAAAUGACCAAACCACGACCAUGUGGAUGCAAAGGCUGCAGGACUUGCCUUAUUUGUGAAACGCAAUAUGGUGCGGAAAAAUUCAAACAACAGUUUAACUUCGAUAAAGAUAGAGGUUAUGUGUAUUGUCCUAAAUGUAACAAAGCAUGGCGAGGAUGGGAUCCCAAUUUAUACAAGGAACACCCUAACCACCAAGGAGACAGCAUAGACUACCCAGGAGUCUACAUUUUACUAGAUUUUAUAAAUGAAGUUGAAGAAGAUGAACUCAUGCAAAACAUUGAUGAAAUGCCUUGGGACAUUUCGCAAAGUGGCCGUCGUAAACAAAACUUCGGUCCAAAAACUAAUUUCAAGAAGAAGAAAAUAGUCUCCGGUAAAUUUGAUGGCUUUCCCGCCUUUUCCAAAUUUUUGCAGGAUAGAUUUAAUGCGGUUGAUAUGUUGAAACAUUAUGAAACGAUUGAACAAUGUUCCUUGGAGUAUGAUCCUAGUAAAGGCGCUUCAAUCGAUCCCCAUAUUGAUGACUGUUGGAUAUGGGGAGAGAGGAUUGUGACUGUCAAUUGUCUAUCAGACUCUGUUCUUACUAUGAAUCGUUUUCGUGGGGACAUUGCUAAGUAUAACCUCAUAUCAGCGGAAGAAUACCCCCCAGUGCUUGGUCCAGAUGGCAGUAUCAUUAAUCAGGAUGAAACACAAGAAUCUGUACUGGAAGCAACUAAACCAAAGUCAGAUAUAGAUAUUAUUGUGAGAAUACCUAUGCCAAGGAGAUCUCUUAUUGUGCUAUAUGGCGAGGCCCGUUACCACUGGGAGCACAGUGUACUACGCGAAGACAUCACAUCCCGCAGAGUAUGUAUAGCGUACCGAGAAUUCACCCCACCUUACUUGUCUUAUGGUAAGCAUGAAGAAAUAGGAAAUGAAAUAAGGAAAAAGGCCAAACAGUUUUGGAAUCACAGGUAUAGGUACGACAUUGAUGACAAGGUAGAAAAAGAAGUCUAUACUCAGAAAUCACUAUGUGAAAUUUGAUUUCGAUAUAUUCCAAACCAAUUUUUUUAUAUUUAUUCUAUUUGCACCAUAAACUAGUUACAUUGAUAAUACUAUUGUUAUUUCAAGGGAUAUCUUCUCUCCUUAUAAUUUAUAUUGAAUUUAUUUUGUAUGCACUCAUAUCAUGAUCAAGUCAAUUUACAUACUUAUUAAAAUUGUUGGAAUGUAGCAUAAGUAAAAAUAGUUUUUGUAAAAUACUAAAUGUAUGUAUAUGUGUAGAUUUCACUGUUUCUGUAUGUGUCUUGUUAUGCACAUUUGCACAUGUAUAAGUAGUGUCAAGAAAUUUAUUAUUAAAGGUUCAUUUGAUUAAUUUUGGUGCCAAAUUGCAUAAAGUAAGUUUAUUGCAUUA